AUGGACAGCCCGAGGAUUUUAUCCGGAUUGUCGGAUUAUCUCGGAGGUCCGGAGCUCGGACAGUGGCGAUCUGCGGGUUUUGUCGUGUCAAGAGUGAUUUCCCAAAACCUGGGGUCUGGAUAUCCCUCUGACAAUCUCAAACCUCCCUUUUUGGUUGACGAGGACCGGUACACACUCUCUGCGUACUUUGUGCACCCUUCCAUCAUCUGCACCACGGGCAGAACAGUUGCUCAGGUUUCCUCUCAAGGCCUGGGUUCAAACCUGUACAUCCAAACAACCCAGGAUCCUGAUACAAGUCUUCUAGUCCCUCGACAGGAGACAAACCUCAGAGGUAGUAACUGGACUGAGGGCCAGUGCUUCUUCUCUAUGGGCCGUCACUACUGGUAUGACUUAGAAAAAGACAUGAACUGCGGGGACAUCUUCCCAGUCUUCCUCCUCUACAACGGAGGCCAACUCACUGGAUUUGGCUGGGCCAUGGUCAAUGAUGUCAGAUCAGUGAGAUACGAACACCCACCUUCAGCUCUCAUACGGCUGUUCAUAAAGAAUCCACCAAGGUGUCUCUUUGAUGCAGAGGCACUCUCGGCCAUGCAUAUUUACCUCAAUGACGCCCUUUUCAAUCUGUGUUAACGGAUAGAUAGAUAGAUAGAUAGAUAGAUAGAUAGAUAGAUAGAUAGAUAG